AAGUGUUAAGGUUAGAAUUGUUUGUUAUGAAUAUGAUUAUUAAUACUUUAGAAGUAACUAUCAUAAGCAUUCCAUUUGCUAUGUUAAAUACUUUUGAAUAUAACUUUCUCUAGUCUUACAGUUAAAAAAUAAAAGGUUUGUAUAGCACACACACGCAUAUAUAUAUAUAUAUAUAAACUUAGUUUUACAAAUUACAGCUAUGGUUACGUCGUUAGGCUAGCCCGAUAUUUCAAUUAUUUGGGCUGGUAUUUAGGCUGUCUUCGGUUUCUGAUAUACGUGAUGUAGAAAAGCUUUCGCACGUUUUUUGACUGAAUUUCAUUUAUUUAUAACUUACGUAUGGCCGAAGUUGACGACUUCAUCUGAAAAUCAGAUGUGAAACUAAAGCUUAGGUGAGAGCAACUUGUGGAAAUGUUCAUGAAAUGUAACAAGUACAUGUGAUUAAAGGAAUCUAAUAAAAGAAGAAACCUAAGAUGACUAUGGGAGUAAAGCUAAUGUUUACCUUUUUGUGCUGUGAAAAGGAACUGUGCAGACAGAUUUUAAAUAACUAUAUAUAUUGGUAAAAAGAAUCAGCAAGUAAAAGAAUGUUUACAAAAUAAGGAGUAAAACAUUUGAUAUGCAAUUCAAUACUGUUAAUUAUACGUAGUGAAACACAGUUUCACCAUGACUACUGCAGUUUCUGUUGCUGACGAUGUUGAAGCUGAAACACUUAAAGAUAAUUCUGAGGCUGUUUCCAUAACUUCAAAGAUGUCAGAAGGGUUUGAAAAUAAAAUAUGUACCAGAAGCAGAAGGGCUGGUAAAGUUGCAGUUACUAACUCUUCUGGUGUCACUUCAAAGCUUCCAAACAAAAUAAAUAAGCAUAAGGAAGGGGAGGAAGUUUCUUCAGUUAGUGAGAAUGUUAAGUUAAAGGAAGAGAUAGUAGAAGAGUUUGAAGUUGUUGCAGAUAGUUCUAAUGAUGAUGUAGAAACUGAUAAUGGGGAAAAAUUUGAAACACCUCUUGAAUUAGUUGAAGUUCAAUAUAAUGACCAUGAGGAUUUUGAUAAUGUUGUGAAAAGUUUACUAGGGUUUGAUGACCCUGGGGAUUCUUGGCAUUUAGCCAGAGGUUAUUCUAAGUACAAGAAGAAAUACAAAAAAACGUCUCGUGUUAAUAGAAAGGGUCCAUAUACUUGUGAGGAGUGUGGAAAGGUUAUUCGUUUUAGACAACAAUUUGAUCAACACAUGCUGAGUGACCAUGGUAUUGCCAGGCCUUAUUCCUGUCCAAUCUGUGGGCAACAGUUUAAAGUACAUAGAUCAGUUGAAAGACAUGUAGCACUCCAUGCAAUGGAAUGUUCCUCUUCAGAUGAAGGCAUCCACAGUUCCAACAUUACAGAUGUUAAAUGGCAAAAGAAUAAUGAUUCAACAAAUAUUCCCACAGGGUCAUCAAGUCACUGUAAGAUGUGUGCUAAACCCAUUAUUCUUCAGAAAAAUAAUACAGGAGAUAAACCUUUCACACAGUUAUGUCAAAUGUGCAAACAAAAGAUUGUUCAGUCUCAGCUUUACCAAAGUGAAAAAUUCCAUGCUAGUCAGUUGGUCUCUUUCAAAUGUGAAACAUGCAGUUUGCAAUUUAAAGAUCAGGACUGCUGGAAAAACCAUUUGUUAGAACAUACAAGUAGUGAGAAAAAAACAAAAAAUUGUGAAAUCUGCUCAAAAACUUUCAUUAGCAGUCGGUUGAAAGCAAGGCACAUCCUGUCAGAACAUAUUAACUCUGAACGAAAGGACUGUAAGAUAUGUAAAACUUCUUGUAAGUGUGGAGCUGGUUCCAAAAAGGUCCUUGGAAUACAGAAAAAUCUCAACAGAAACCAGUCAGGGUCAAGGAAAAUGCCUUAUACUCUGUUGAAAAGCACAACUGAACAACAUUCUCAAGGAAAAGACCUACACAGCACUGAGCCAAAAAUAUUUCAUUGCAUGUAUUGCAAGUUUCGCCACCAUGAUAGAGAAAAACUGAACCUACACAUAAAAGAUAAACAUGCUCCUAACAGAGUAAUCCAGUGUGAUGAGUGUUCUCAUACAUUUGUUCAGGAAUCAGGAUUAAAAAACCACAAACGAAUCCACACUGGAGAGUGUUCAUAUCUUUGUCCCAUUUGUGGGUUGUCCUUCAUAACCCAGGGGAAUGUAUUCAGUCAUCUUCGUAUUCAUCCCAACAGUACUAAAAGUUUAGUGGAGUUGUGAAAACUUGUGCUUUGUGUGGAAUAAGAUUUUCAAUUGAAAAAUAUUGUCAUAAUCUGACUUGUGAUACUCUCAGGUACAGUUGUUAACUUCCACUUGGUAAAAUUGAAUUGGAAUAACAGGGACAAAUCUAGACUCACUUUUACACUAUUAAACAUAUAGUAUUUUCCUUGACAAAGAGCCAUACAUUGUGUUUACUUACUAUUAUGUUGGAGGCCCACUAAUUUAAUUCUGUGUUGUAGCAGUACAUGUCACUAAAUUCUCUGAAAACAAAGUUCACAGUGUGAAAAUGGUAACUAGAUUUGUUCUUGCCAUCUUGUUUUAAUAACUUAGAUAAAGGUUAAGCUCACAACUCUUUUCGUAUCAAACUUGUAUGUUUUGUAUGCAUUAUGUUUGGGUGUGAAAGGGAAAAAAAUAUUGUGUUUCCAUAUGAUAAGACAUAUUUGUGCUGUAUAUUUCAACUUCUACAUGAAGUAUAGUUAUCUCAAUAUCUGUCAAAAAAACAAAAUAUCUGAAAAACUAAAACUUUAUUUUUAUAUUGUAAAGUUGAUUUGGCAAAACUAGUGAAAUUGUACAUUAAAAGUUCUUUAAUAAUUUUGUUAUUAAUUUGUUGAUAAUGCAGUUUCCUCUUGCUCAUUGAAAGAAUGCUUGAACUGUAUCCCUCAAUUUAGGCUUUACACAUGUGAUGUGUCAAAAUAGCAUAUGUGUUACAGGAUUCUUGAAGUUUAACUGCAGUGAAAGCUGACAGUUAAAUGAAUUGUAAUAAAGUCAGAUUUUCAAAUGGGAAACUUUUAAUAUUUAAAAGUCUAUGGCAUAACCUUAUGUUUUGUUUGAUCCUACUUAACUUGGAAGCCAGUCUUGUGUGAGAUUCUGUACUUUAGUUUCUUCAUUAGAGAGCAAUUUUUUCAAAUGUACGUUUUGUAAUACUGACUCUAUGGCUUAGCCUGACUCACUUCACCACUUUUAGAAUUUGUUUUUAAUGAAUUAUUAAUUUUUGAAGCAAUUGGUUAGAAAGGACUUUCAAUAUAAACUUAAGGGUGCCCAAAAUUUAAUCCGAGGACUCUUAGGGACUUCUAAAAGUCUGAGUCAUUGAAUUCUGUUGCAUGUAAUUUUUUCUUAAUCUUGACUAGAGCUGGGUAAUUAGUGGAAUUUUAUAAGUGUUUGAUCAUUGGUCUCAUUAAUUUUCAUGUAGGGAAUGAAAUAAGUUUUAUUUCUUCAUUCAAAUGUAGGUGUCUGUUGGCAGCUCAUCAUUAUAUGACAUUUCUCACCAUAUUAUCAAGUAAAUAUUACAUUACUCACAAAUUUUUUACAAAUUGCAUGUUAAUAAUAAUUUAUAAAUAUACUACCUACAUUUAGUGUGACAACUCUCCCUGUUCCGACACUAGCUUGUCUACAUUAGCCUCAAUUAGCUCGACUCAGUAAAAAAGACUGUGAAUUUUCAGAAAAUGUACACAACACACAAAGCAAAUGAGAAUUCUCUUAAACUGGACAAGGGACAUGAAUGCACUGAGUGGCAAAGACAUUAACACUAUGGGUACUACUUCAUGAAGUAUGACAAUACUAUACACAACUGGCUAUUAACAAUAUUAUCAGACACCAAUAGACUGUAAACUACAGUUAUAUCCUGUACACUGAAAGCAGUCCUACAGACACUGUACAUUGCUAACCAGCCAUUACCUAACUCUGCAGUUAAGUAUUUAUACACUGCAACUCAGUUUGUGUGUGGAUAUCACAUUUUUACAGUAUUGCACAUAACUAUGAAACAAAUCAUUCAACAAUAAAUACCUUUUAUAUUCAAUAUCGUGUGAACUAUUGUGAUGCAUCAUAGAUUAGGCUUUCAGAAAAGAUGAUACAAAAUGUAACUCAUUAUAAACAUGAAAGUGAUAAGUUAUUAAUGGGUAAUGUAUGAUAAUAGAUUUCAUAUAAUGUCACGUUGUUGUAACAAUCUUCUAAAUUACACAAAGAAAAUAAUUCAAGGUCCAGUCCACAUAACAAUAACAAAUAAGUUUAUUUUUUCCUUAAUGUUCCUGCAAGCUGUUUCCUCAUGUACACUGUUGUAACUUAUAAGUUAUAGGCUUAAGUAACUUUAAAAUGAUGCUCAAAUGAAAUUACCAUGACUAACAUAAAAAUAUAUAUUUACCUAUACAGUUUAAUGACUAAUUGAUUGAGUAACUGAAUAUAUAUGUGCUAACUAACACUGAUCCAAAUCCUGCAUUAUAACUAAAUACUUCACUGCACUAAAACUGACUGAAUAACACUUUACUGACUCAGUACUCAUUCAGUAUUCGCUGCUCUCAGAAAGCAAAACACUGAUCCAAAUCCUGCAUUAUAACUAAAUACUUCACUGCACUAAAACUGACUGAAUAACACCUUACUGACUCAGUACUCAUUCACUAUUCGCUGCUCUCAGAAAGCAAAACACUGAUCCUCUUACUUAUAACCUACCUUGUCUUUCACUACUCCCAAAAUUUACUAGGUUUUUGUGAUGUCAUAUAUAGAACAUUUUAGGCCUACUCCAACAAACUUACUUAAUCGUAACAUCAUGCACCCUCUAAUUAACAUCCAAAUAAAAACAUUUAAAAUAUAGCUUACAACAAUAUGUACUUGAUCAUGUCAUGUAAUGCCUAUUUGUCAAUAGACACCUCCAUCUGAAAUAAAAGAAUAAUCCUAACUUCAUGCCUUACACAUGAAAUUUGAAUAAUUAGUAUAAUCAAAAAUAGUAGUACUUCGAAACUCUUAAUUUUGAUUAGUUGAUUAUUUUUGUGAGUUGUUACAGUAAUAAAUGAAGCUGACCAAGUAUGAAUUAAUCAAAAAUAAUAAUGAGAAAUUAUAGUGGCAAUAUUUUUAUUGCUUCAAUAAUGGGAAUAAUUUAAAAGAGUAAUAAUCAGAAACAUUAAUUUUGAUUAAGUAAUUAUUUUUCUGACAUUAAUUGGUGUAAUGAUACUUUUGAUUAAUCAAUUAUUUUAGUGACUAUAAUCAGUGCUCACAAGUCAUCUAGUUAAUCACCCAGUUCUAAUCUUGUGACUCAUCAUGUAAUUCUGGUAGAACUGGUAAUAAUUAUAAAAUUCUGGUGAUUCAUAAUGUAACUUAGCUUUUUAAUGUGUAAUAAUUAAAAACUGCUGGUGAUUCACAAUGUAACUUAGCAGCUUUUUAAUGUGUAAUAAUUAAAAACUGCUGGUGAUUCAUAAUGUAACUUAGCAGCUUUUUAAUGUGUAAUAAUUAAAAACUGCUGGUGAUUCAUAAUGUAACUUAGCAGUUUUUUAAUGUGAACAAAUGAUAAAAAUUGAUCUUCAUUGUGUUUGGGAUAUGGUUAAAAGUGUAAGUUUUUAUAUAAAUUAACAAAAACUUCCCAUGAUACUGAAGUAAUCACAAUCACUGUAAAUUAUAUUGGUGUUUUUAUUUUUUCCAAAUGUUGUUUCAUGCAAUAAAUAUUCAUAGAUCUAAAUUUCUUAUAAUAGCCAGUUGGGUAUCUCAUUAAGAGGAAAAAGUUUGGCUUGAUGUAUUUUCUAAGUAAUUUUCAAUGAAAUUGGCUAAUAUCCAAAAGUUGAAAAGGCAUACCAGACCAAUGUAGAUGCUGGAACUUGGCUAGUAAUUUAAAAUGUUACAGUACGUGACUGAUACUUUUUACUUCUUAGAAUGAAACAUAUAAUGUUUUGUUCCUCUCUUGAGCUUAUACUAAAGAUUUGUCUUAUUAAAUGUUAUUUCUUGCAUUUCUAGUAACUAUAUAGAUUUUUCAAUUUACAUAGUAUGAAGUACAUCAAUGAAUAUUUUCUUAUUUAAAACUUAAAAAUAUGUUGGUGUUUUUAAAAGUUGGUUGUGUGUGAACUCCAUGAAAUAAGAUUAUGUGGAAAACUAGGUAUUGUAAUACAUUUUUUGUUAAAAUGAAAUAAUCUAUAGGUGAACUUGUACAAAUUUGUUUUAAUAUUAAAUCAGAUUUUCUGAGAAACUAUAAGAAGAAAAACAUUUAUCACAUCUACCAUUUCAUGUUGUUUUCCUCUAUUUUGUAACUGUAUGUUUAUUAACUGUAUAACAGAAGUUUGUGCCAUUGUCUUGUUUGUAAAUGCGUAUGUCAUAUUUUUAAAGUACAAUAAUUUGUGUAUUGUAUAUAGAUAUGCAUAUUUGCUCUUAAAUAAGGUUUUCAUGCCGUGACCACGUAUUUAAGAUCACCAGUUGUUUCAAAAUAUCCACACACAAUAAACCCAGAUGGUAUGAUGAUAGGUUAAAAUGAUGUAGAUAUUACUAGAAGAGGACAGAAUUAUGAUCAUGUAAAACCUAGUGAAUAAUACGUGUAUAUGUCCGUGUAUUUGUGUUUCAAUACAAACUACUACUACUACUACCAUUACAUCAUCAUUCCUUUAUUCAUGGAGAAUAUUUUUCAACCUCUCGUUUCUUCUUCAUAAUACAAAAUAAGAUGGGAGGUACAUAAUAAUCAGUGGUUGGAAUCUGUGAACAACUUUGAAUUUUUGGUACAAGACAGGUGUUUAAAAUGCAUCAUGAUUGUGACUUUAUGUUUAUAUAUCUGAGUCUAACAAAUAUGUGUACAAGGUGCUUAUUAAAUUCAACUUUUUACAGAUGUGAGAAUAUAUGCUUAAAAGUUAUGUGUUUCCUGUCUAUUCAAGGCACUAUCAAAAUGUAUUGUACAUAAGAUAUUGCACUUACAUUAAUCAAGGUGUGACCAUGAAUAAAAAUUUCUCCUAAUAUUUCUAAUGCAAAACACCAUGACAUGCAUAAAAAAAUUGUUAUCAGUGAAGAAAGUGAAACCGUGUGGUGUGGAUUGAUUGAUGUGUAUUAUUCACCUUAUCCUCAUUUCGUAUAAAGUUUAUAUCCUAAGCCUACCUGAUAAUGAAUUUCGUGUGUAUUCAUUGAUAAAAGUAGCAUUGGCUGAAUUAAUGAACACAGCUGCUUAGUAAAGUCUUUGAAAGAAGUUGAAAUUUUCAGUGGUAAACUGGUAAUAUAUACAUGUAUAUAUCUUUAAGAAAAUAUCAAAUAAUACAAAUACCAUUUAUGUAGCUAGAUUAUGUGGAAUACU